CUUUCUAAUGGAGCAGGAGGCACGAGGUAGCUGGCUAGUAUGUGACAGGGACACAAAAAGUUGCACUAAACAACAGUUACACUUGUUAGGGCCGGGAAUGGUUAAAAGGUUAGUAGUAUGGGAGAUGAAGAGGCAACACAACACAAGCCAAAGCUAACUCAAACAAAAGAGGGUACAAUCUGUGUCUCGUGGGUGGCGCUUUACCUCCAUUAUUUUUGGUUUUGGACAGACAAGGGAGUGUUUGGUUCUCUGACUACAUACACUACUUCUCUCUUCUCAGUGUACCUCACUCUGCCACUAUGGCCCAGCGUCAACUCUCUCCUUUUCCCUACCCUUCCACCUCCUCUUUUGUCUUCCACUUUACUCUCCUACUGCUUUCAACAAACAACUAGCAUCUCUAUCUCUCUCCUUCUCUCUGUCUCUGUCUCUCUCUUAUCAAUCAAAUUCAAGCCACAAUGAAUAAUAGCCUCUAGCCACCCCAACUCACAUCACUAAUGGGUUCUGACUCUGCCACCAAAACCCCCUCCUCGCCGCCUAACUCUUCUUCUGAGUCUCUCAAUGGCCUGAAAUUUGGUCAAAAAAUCUAUUUUGAGGAUGUGGGUCUGGCCACUCCUGCCACCUCUGUUGCUGCUUCAUCAUCAUCUUCUUCUUCUUCUUCAAAGAAGGGAAGAGGUGGGUCUCUUCAACCGGCUCAGCCUCCUAGGUGCCAAGUUGAGGGUUGUAAAGUAGAUCUGAGUGAUGCCAAAGCUUACUAUUCUAGGCACAAAGUUUGUGGCAUGCAUUCCAAAUCCCCCACUGUCAUUGUUGCUGGCCUCCAACAAAGGUUUUGUCAACAGUGUAGCAGAUUUCAUCAGCUUCCUGAGUUUGAUCAAGGGAAAAGAAGUUGCCGCAGGCGACUAGCUGGCCAUAAUGAACGUCGGAGAAAGCCCCCACCCAGCUCUCUCUUAACCUCUCGUUAUGGCAGAAUCUCUUCAUCUGUUUUUGAUAACAGUGGCAGAGGUGGCAACUUUCUGAUGGAAUUGUCGUCGUACCCAAAACUUAGUCUGAGAAAUUCACUUCCAACACCUAGAUCAUCCGAGCUAGUUCCUGGAAAUCAAACCACAACACUUAACUGGCAGGGGAACUCAGAGACACCACCUGACCUUUUCUUGCACGGUUCAGUGGGUGGAACAAGCUUCCCCGGUCCUGGACAUCCUCCAGGGGAAAGUUACACCGGAGUCACAGACUCAAGCUGUGCUCUCUCUCUUCUGUCAAAUCAAACAUGGGUUUCUCGAAACGCAGCACCAAGUCUUGGGUUGAGUAACAUGAUAAAUUUCAAUGGGACACCCAUGACACAACUUGCCGCAGCGUCUCAUGGUGCAGCCAUCCAUCAACUUCCAAAUACCUCAUGGUGUUUCAAGGGCAUUGAUCCCGAUAACUGUUCACAUGAGGUUGUCCCUGAUCUAGGCCUCGGUCAAAUUUCACAGCCUCUCAACAGCCAACUUCCUGGGGAGCUCGAUCUGGCACAAGGCAGGAGGCAUUAUAUGGAUCUAGAGCAGUCCAGAGCCUAUGAAUCUCCUCAUUGGUCACUUUAAUGCACUUGUUUGCUGUCAAGUUUGUAAUAACAUGUUGCACAACUGUGUGUCAUAUACUAUUGCUUGUUUUGGUUUGUUUAAACUGAUAAACAAGGUGGUAGCCUUGCUUUGUUUGUGGAACUUUUGGGCACGAAAUGAAUUAUCUGGGUGUGUUCUGUUGCUGUCUUUAGCAUAGUUAUUGUGUCUUCUGCCAUUUUUUUGUAGCUACCUCUUGAAUUAUUAGUGAUUGGGAGGAAUGCCAAUUUGUGGUUUGCUACCUCUUCUUCAAGUUAUUUGAUAUUAACUGACUUUCUGUAAACAAUGUUGGUACACA